CUUCCUGGCCUGGGCCAAUGAGCGGCGGAAGCGGCUCCGAGGGGGCGGGCCCGAGAGGCUGUGCGUGUCUUGUGAGAGCUCUUGAACCAAGUCAGAGCUAGAGCUGGGCGGCUGGAAACGGCGGCCGCCGCCGGUGACUCAGGGAGGCAGGAGGCGGGGGAGGAGCCCUUCCUGCAGGCGUGGAAACCAUGGUGCUCACGCUCGGAGAAAGUUGGCCAGUAUUGGUGGGGAAGCGAUUCCUCAGUCUGUCCGCAGCCGACGGCGGCGACGGCGGCCACGACAGCUGGGACGUGGAGCGCGUCGCCGAGUGGCCCUGGGUCUCGGGGACCAUUCGAGCCGUCUCCCACACCGACGUUACCAAGAAGGACCUGAAGGUGUGUGUGGAGUUUGAUGGGGAAUCUUGGAGAAAGAGAAGAUGGAUAGAAGUCUAUAGCCUUCUAAGGAGAGCAUUUUUAGUAGAGCAUAACUUGGUUUUGGCUGAACGAAAGUCUCCUGAAAUUUCUGAACGAGUUGUUCAGUGGCCUGCAAUAGUGUAUAAGUCUCUGUUGGACAAAGCUGGUUUGGGAUCCAUAACCUCUAUUCGCUUUCUGGGAGAUCAACAAAGAGUAUUUCUUUCUAAAGACCUUCUGAAGCCUAUACAGGAUGUAAACAAUCUUCGACUUUCCCUUAUGGAUAAUCAGAAUGUCAGUAAAGAAUUUCAAGCUUUGAUUGUGAAACAUUUGGAUGAAAGCCAUCUUUUACAAGGUGACAAAAACUUAGUUGGUUCAGAAGUAAAAAUAUAUAGCUUGGACCCAUCUACUCAGUGGUUUUCUGCAACCAUUGUAAAUGGAAACCCAGCGUCGAAAACUCUGCAGGUCAACUGUGAGGAGAUUCCAGCACUGAAAAUUGUCGAUCCAUCACUGAUUCAUGUUGAAGUUGUACAUGAUAACUUUGUGACAUGUGGUAAUUCUACAAGAAUCGGAACUGUAAAACGCAAGUCUUCUGAAAAUAAUGGAAGCCUAGUUUCCAAACAAGCAAAAUCUUGCUCUGAGGCCUCUCCCAGUGUGUGUCCUGUACAGUCUGUUCCCACAACAGUUUUUAAGGAGAUACUGCUUGGCUGUACUGCAGCAACUCCACCUAGUAAGGACCCAAGGCAGCAGAGCACUCCCCAGGCUGCCAACUCUCCACCUAACCUUGGAGCAAAAAUUCCUCAAGGAUGUCAUAAACAGAUUUUACCAGAAGAACUUUCUUCCUGUCUGAAUACAAAGGCUGAAAUACUGAGAACAAAACCAGAUGUCUGCAAAGUAGGAUUGCUGUCUUCAAAGUUCCCUCAGAUUGGAACAGGAGACUUAAAACCCCUUAGUGAACCAAAAGAUAACUGUACCCAGCUGAAAACCAACACUGAUAAGGAAAACAAAUUGGAAUCUGUUUCUCAGUCAUCAACUGGCCUUCCUAAGGAGGGCGUACCUACAAAGCCUUCUACAGCAGAAGUGGAAAUUGCCAGUACACCUGAACUACAGAAGCACCUAGAGUAUGCACCUUCUACAUCUGAUGUCCUUUCAAAUAAGCCAGAAGAGAAAGCUGGUGUUGUUAGUAACAGCCCUAAUAGUUGUGUGGAAAAGAAGAUAGAAACUUCAACUUUAGGAUGCCGGUCACAGACUUUGAAGGAAUCUUCAGUAAAAAUAGAUAAUGAAAGCUGUUGUACAAGAAGCAACAAUAAAAUCCAGAAUGCCCCCUCUCGGAAGUCGGUUUUGACAGACCCAGCCAAACUCAAGAAGCUGCAGCAGAGUGGUGAGGCCUUUGUACAAGAUGACUCCUGUGUGAACAUUGUUGCACAGCUGCCCAAGUGCCGGGAGUGUCGCUUGGACAGCCUCCGCAAAGAUAAGGAGCAGCAGAAAGACUCACCUGUGUUUUGUCGUUUCUUUCACUUCAGGAGGUUACAGUUCAACAAACAUGGUGUGUUGCGGGUAGAAGGCUUCUUAACACCAAACAAGUAUGACAGUGAAGCAAUUGGCUUAUGGUUGCCUUUAACUAAAAACGUUGUGGGGACCGAUUUGGACACUGCAAAGUAUAUCCUGGCCAACAUUGGAGACCACUUCUGUCAAAUGGUGAUUUCUGAAAAGGAAGCUAUGUCAACUAUUGAGCCACACAGACAGGUUGCUUGGAAGCGAGCUGUCAAAGGUGUUCGGGAAAUGUGUGAUGUAUGUGACACCACCAUCUUCAACCUGCACUGGGUGUGCCCUAGGUGUGGGUUUGGAGUUUGUGUGGAUUGCUACCGGAUGAAGAGGAAGAAUUGCCAACAAGGUGCUGCCUACAAGACUUUCUCAUGGCUAAGAUGUGUGAAGAGUCAGAUACAUGAGCCAGAGAACCUAAUGCCUACACAGAUCAUUCCUGGGAAAGCCCUCUAUGAUGUUGGAGACAUUGUUCAUUCUGUGAGAGCAAAAUGGGGAAUAAAAGCAAAUUGUCCCUGUUCUAACAGGCAAUUCAAACUCUUUUCAAAGCCAGCCUCAAAGGAAGAUGUAAAACAGACUUCUUUUGCUGGAGAAAAACCUAGCCUUGGUGCUGUGUUCCAGCAGAAUCCUUUGGUGUUGGAGCCAGUGCCUGUGGCUGGGGAGGCUGCUUCCAAGCCAGCCAGCAGCAUGAAGCCUGCCUGUCCAGCCAGUACAUCUCCCUUAAACUGGCUGGCAGACCUAACCAGCGGGAAUGUCAACAAGGAAAACAAAGAAAAACAACCAACAAUGCCAAUUCUAAAGAAUGAAAUCAAAUGCCUUCCACCCCUCCCUCCUUUGAGCAAAUCCAGCACAGUCCUCCACACCUUUAACAGCACAAUUUUAACACCUGUAAGCAACAACAAUUCUGGUUUCCUCCGAAAUCUCUUGAAUUCCUCUACAGGAAAGACAGAAAAUGGACUGAAGAAUACACCAAAAAUCCUUGAUGACAUCUUUGCCUCUUUGGUGCAAAAUAAGACUUCCUCUGAUUUAUCUAAGAGGCCUCAAGGACUGACCAUUAAGCCCAGCAUUCUGGGCUUUGACACUCCUCAUUACUGGCUCUGUGAUAAUCGCUUGCUGUGCCUCCAGGAUCCCAACAACAAGAGCAACUGGAAUGUGUUUAGGGAGUGCUGGAAACAAGGACAGCCAGUGAUGGUGUCAGGAGUGCAUCAUAAAUUGAACACUGACCUUUGGAAACCUGAAUCCUUCAGGAAAGAGUUUGGGAAUCAAGAAGUCGACCUAGUUAACUGUAGGACCAAUGAAAUCAUCACAGGAGCCACAGUAGGAGACUUCUGGGAUGGAUUUGAAGAUGUUCCAAACCGCUUGAAAAAUGAAAAAGAACCAAUGGUGUUGAAACUUAAGGACUGGCCACCAGGAGAGGAUUUUAGAGAUAUGAUGCCUUCUAGGUUUGAUGAUCUGAUGGCCAAUAUCCCAUUACCUGAGUACACAAGGAGAGAUGGCAAACUAAACUUGGCCUCCAGGCUGCCAAACUACUUCGUGAGGCCAGAUCUCGGUCCGAAGAUGUAUAAUGCUUACGGAUUAAUUACUCCAGAAGACAGGAAAUAUGGAACAACAAAUCUUCACUUAGAUGUAUCUGAUGCAGCUAAUGUCAUGGUAUAUGUGGGAAUUCCCAAGGGACAGUGUGACCAAGAAGAAGAAGUCCUUAAAACCAUCCAAGACGGAGAUUCUGAUGAACUCACAAUAAAGCGAUUUAUUGAAGGAAAAGAGAAGCCAGGAGCCCUCUGGCACAUAUAUGCUGCGAAGGACACAGAGAAAAUACGAGAAUUCCUUAAAAAGGUAUCAGAAGAGCAAGGUCAAGAAAACCCAGCAGACCAUGAUCCCAUUCAUGAUCAGAGCUGGUAUUUAGACCGAUCACUAAGAAAGCGUCUCCAUCAAGAAUAUGGAGUUCAAGGCUGGGCUAUUGUACAGUUUCUUGGGGAUGUGGUAUUUAUCCCAGCAGGAGCUCCACAUCAGGUGCAUAACUUAUAUAGCUGUAUCAAAGUGGCUGAAGAUUUUGUUUCUCCAGAGCAUGUUAAACACUGUUUCUGGCUUACUCAGGAAUUCCGUUAUCUGUCACAGACUCAUACCAAUCAUGAAGAUAAAUUACAGGUGAAAAAUGUUAUCUACCAUGCAGUGAAAGAUGCAGUUGCUAUGCUAAAAGCCAGUGAAUCCAGUUUUGGCAAACCCUAAGGGUCCCAGAGACGCCUUAACCCCUGUACAUUGGAAGUGAAUUACUGGCAGCUGUUCAAACUCUUCAGGCAGGAUUCCUGUGGACUUUGAGAUUCAUGUUACCUCAUCUUCUUUUUUAAACUGUACCCAACUGGUAAGGGUACUCUGUCUAAUGUAUAUUUCUAGUGUUUACACACACUAAAUGUGUAUAUGUAGGAACUAUUUACAGAACAUGCAUCCUUAAACUGUGACUUUUCACCUAGUGCAGAACUUCAACCAUGCUGUAAAAACAAAACCUCUUAUCAGCUCUGGAACAAUAUCUGCAGUUAUUCUCCAGCUGUUGGGUUGGACAGCUUAGUCAAAAUGGGUUUAAAACCAUUAGAAAUCACUGCACAGUUUAUUUGGUUGUAUUUUGUUUUGUGUCUGUCUGAGUACCCUCUCCCUCACCCCAUAGGGUUCAGAUGAGCAAUGGAGGAAGUGACAGCUAACGAUGCAGUUCCUGCUGUGUUGCAUUAGAACUGGCAUUAUAUAGCAGAAAUCAACUACUGUACAAUUCUUGGGUUUAACCAUCUUUAUUUAGUUCAAUGGAGUUUUAAUUUAAAUGAAGCUUUGCUAAUUUUAAGUGUUAAGCAUUUUGCAUUAAAGUAUUCAUAUAAUAUUUUGACUCCACUUACUCCUCUGGUUGUGCAUUCAACACACUUUUCUCAAAUGUCACCAGGUGUAAGAGUUUGCUCUAGGAGCUCAUCUUAAAAGCAGAGAAAUUAGAUGCUAUAGUGAUUUGUGAGUGAUUAUUAUAAUGCUAACAUGAAAAUAAGUUUCUUCUCAGCCAAGCGGAAACUUUGUCAUACUUUUGCAAAGAAACACCACCAAUUAGCUAAAUUUGGAGAAGUUAGCAACAACAACAACAACAACAAAAAAAAACAAAAACAAAUAGUGGCUGGUUAAAUGGUUGUAAAAAGGUAUUUCAGAGAUUGAAAUACGUUGUCUUUCUUCAGGCCUUUCAUCAAGUAUGAGUUUACAAAUGAAAAGGAAAUUAUUAUAAGUUUUAGAAUAGUAUCUAAAACAAUCCUUUCUAAUGCAAGAAAUUCACCAAGAAGCCACCUUUCUGUACCUCCCUGAUUCUCUUAGAUAACUAUAGUUAUUCUAAAUAAAAGGACUAAAAUUGAAAUCAAGUAGUGGAAACAAGGCCUAGAGCCUGGAUUUUUACUGUGUGCUCAGAGUAGGAAGUUGGAGAUACCUGCCUAAUUCCAGCUGCCUCUUCAAGCCAAAACCUUUAAUGGAUGAACUUUAAAAAAACAUAAAUUUCUUGAAAAGAGUAAGUAGAAGUAUCUGCCCAAUCUCAGUGGGAAACAUAUUCACUGGGAAUUCAUCAGAAGCUCCUUUAUACAGGUUUGGCUCUAGAAUUGGCACUGCUACUUAGAAAUUUCCCUCAGCUGAAAUAGAAAAACUUGGAUUCCUCUCUAGAAGAAACCAGUUUCAAGCCAGGCCUCAGGGGAGUGACAGUUCCAAGACUGUUAUUCACAAUCAAAUACGUUGUAACAACAAAUAUGAAAACUAAAAGCCACCAAGAACAAGAAUGAGCAAGAACCUUCAGACUGCUAUAUUAAACCUGCAGAGAUUUACAGACUGAAAUGAUCCAGUGUUAUUUUAUAUUCUGAAAUGUUUACUCUGUUAAAAAGAAAUGGGAGUGAGGCACCUGGGGGGGCUCAGUGGUUGAGCAUCUAUCUGCCUUUGGCUCAGGGCAUGAUCCUGGGGUCCUGGGAUUGAGUCCCACAUUGGGCUCCCUCUGCCUAUGUCUCUUCCUCUCUGUGUCUUUCAUGAAUUAAAAAAAAAAAUCUUAAAAAGAAAUGAGAGUAUAGGAAUACGAUGGAGGAAUGAGAUUUCCAGAAAUUGACCAGAUAUGGAAAGAAGCUAAAUAGAAUUUAUAGAAAUGAGACAUGGUUAAAAUUAGAAACUUAGCAGAUGAGUUGAACAACAAAAAAGGUUUUUAUAAACUGAGAGAUUGGUAAAAAUACAGAAUACAGCAUUGAAUAACAGGAAACUGUAAAGAGGUGUUAACUGAUAAGCAGGACACCAGGGACUGAAAGCCAAAAGGAUGGUGGGAGGGAGAUGCUGUCAGAGACAAAAUUUCCCAGUACUCACGACAUGAUCAGAUUGGAGAAGCCCACUUAAAUCAAGCAAGGUAAAUUAAAAAUCCACAUAAAAUAAGUUAAAGAAUAUGCAAACAAGUAGAUUCUUAAAAACAGCUAGAGUGGGGAAAACCCAAUCCUCAAAGAAGUGACAGACUAACAGGUGACUUCUCCACAGCAACAGUGAAGGUUAGAAGAAAAUAGACGUUCUCACUGUGCUGAAGAACAGAGCCCGAAACAGAAACACAGACAGCCAAAUUCUUUCCCCGUUCUUUAUGGAAACUUUCAGACAAAAACCAGAAUUUAUUUUCAGGCCCUCACUGAAGGAACUUUUAAGAACAUCCUUAGGAAAGAAAAUUAACCCACAUCAUGGAAAAAAAAAAUUGAGGACAAGGGGAAUUACAAAGUCCUGGAUACAUUUAAACAAUAAUAGCAUUAAACAAUAUUUUUAGACCUCAGGAUAAUUUUCCUUAAAAUGUUAACAUAUCCAGCAGCUCCACUCCUAGGUUUACUCAAAAGGAUUGAAAACGAGGAUUCAGGUACCUGUAUGCUCAUGUUAAUGGCAGCAUUAUUCACAAGAGCCAAAAGGUGGAAACAACCCAGGAGUCCAUCAAGAUGAAAGGAUAAACAAGAUGGGGCAUAUAUAUGCAGUAGAGCAUUUUUCGGUCUUAAAAAAGAAAAUUCUGGCACAUGCUGCAACAUUAGUGAAUAAGCCAUACCCAAGAUAAAUACGUGAUUCCACUUACAUGAGAAGUAAUCAUAUUCUUAGAAUAGUCAAAUUUCAUAGAGACAAAGUCGAAUGAAUGGUGUUGCCAGGGCAGGGAGGAAGAGGUAAUGGGAGUUCCUAUUUAAUGGGUAGUGUUUAUAUCUGUCUGGGAUGAUGAAGUUCUGGAGAUGGAUGGUGUUGAUGAUUGCAUAACAUUGUAAAUGUACUUACCCACUGAAUUGUACACUGAAAAAUGAUUAAAAAUACUCAAUUUUUUAUAUGUAUAUUUUACCAAAAUAAAAAUUAACUCCCAAGUAGGGAAAGCCUUUGGAGGUGAA